GCCAACCGUCUUCGGCUAUGCAAAUAGCCGCGAUUCAGAAAGCGCAAAAGAGAGAGAGACAACUACGCGCGCCCGAUCAUGAUAGCAACAGCAGCAGCAGCAGUCGAGAAAAGGCCGACAGCUACCCAGUCACUGAAUCGUCGGGUAGAAUCGCGUUAUUAUCGACGACGAGUCGUCAAUCGAAAACAAAACGAACGGGAAGGACACAAACAGCCGUUUAAGUCGUUCACACUGUUAACCCGAAGCAAAAUGGAGGAGUCAGCAGUGAAGUACAUUCUGCUUGAUAUCGAAGGCACAGUGCUCCCGAUUUCGUUCGUGAAAGAUAUUCUAUUCGCAUAUGUGCGUGAGCAUCUUGAAAAGUUUUUAGAGGAGAGUUGGUUGGGGAGUGACGUGCAGCAAGCCAUCGAAGACAUUCAAGAGUUUUCGAAAACAAAUCCGGAAUCCCCUCUCGUCGACAAGACCGAUAAGAAAUCCGUCAUUAAAAAUGUUUUCUGGCAGAUGGAUAGAGAUUUAAAAACAGCGGGACUAAAAACUCUUCAAGGCUUGAUAUGGUUUGCAGGCUAUCAGAAGCAUGAGCUGGUGGCAAAUCUUUAUGAGGAUGUGUAUCCUGCGCUGAAGAAGUGGAAUGAAAAAGGGAUCAAAAUCGGCAUUUACUCAUCUGGUAGUAUAUUUGCUCAGCGUCUGUUGUUCGAACACACCCAAUACGGGUCGCUUUUAGACAUCCUCGAUUCAUUUCACGAUCUUACGACAGCGGGCUCAAAGUCGCAGCCGUCCUCCUACACGGCAAUCGCCAAAAGGAUCUCUUGCCCAGUAAAGCAUGUGCUUUUCCUGACCGAUGUAUAUGAAGAAUAUAUAGCCGCUCGCACCGCUGGAAUGCAAGCAGCUGUUGUUUUCCGCUCUGGAAACAAGCUUCUCAGUAAAGAGGAAAAACAAGACGUCAAGCUAAUUUCAACAUUUGAGGCAAUUGCAUUUUGUUAAAAAUAACCACAGUUUUGUAAUGAACGCUUAUAACUGUCACAUAUAAAUUCGUAGAAUUGGAAUAGUAUCUCGCGAAGUAAAAACUACCGAGUGCUUGCUCUUUCCUACGCUUUCUUGAGAAAUUACGUAGGACACGUACGAGAAAGGUAUCUUCCUCAGACCAUUGAGGAAUGUAUUGGGGCCAAAUAUAGCAACAAAGCAUGUUUACAAGUGAAACGCUAAAACAAUGUUACUUCUGUGCAUUCUUUACGAUUGAAGACGAUAAACAUUAUGCCUAUUGAUACCGGGA